AUGGUCGCGGGCACCCGGUGGCGCGGCAUGUUCGAGCAGCGCCUCAAGGACGCCAUCGCGCAGGCGGAGGACUCGGACGGGAAGCUCAUACUAUUCAUAGACGAGAUGCACAUGAUCGUCGGCGCCGGCGACCGUGGGGGCACCGGCGACGCCGCCAACAUCCUCAAGCCGGCCUUGGCCCGUGGUCGCAUCCGCUGCGUAGGCGCCACCACCUCCCAGGAGUACCGCAAGCACAUCGAGAAAGAUUCCGCGCUCGAGCGCCGGUUCCAAAAGGUUGACGUCCAGGAGCCCAGCGUGGAAGCCACCAUUGCCAUCCUCCAGGGGCUCAAGAAGCGGUACCAGAAGCACCAUGGCUUGACAAUCGACGACGAUGCUCUAGUUGCUGCUGUACGCCUCGCUGACCGUUACAUUACAGGUCGCCAGUUUCCUGACAAAGCAAUCGAUCUGAUGGACGAGGCAUGCACUGCGGUGAAGCUGCGUAAACAAAAACAAGUUGAAAACAUUCAAGGUACCAGCACUGUAAAUGAACCCAAGGAGGCUGUGAGCCGAUGGACUAAAAUUCCGAUCACCACAUUUGAUCAAGAGGGGGAGAAGCUGAUCAACCUGGCACAGAAGUUGCAUGAGCGAGUUGUUGGUCAGAACGAAGCGGUCAAUUUGGUUGCACAGGAAGUGCUACGUUCUAGGGCUGGCUUUGGUCAAUCUGGCCAACCAGUUGGCUCUUUCCUCUUUUUGGGUCCGACGGGUGUUGGAAAGACAGAGCUCGCUAAAUCACUUGCCGAGAAGCUAUUUGACAACGAGAAGGCGUUGAUUCGCUUAGACAUGUCUGAAUAUGCUGACAGUGGAUCAGUGUUGCGUCUCAUAGGAGGACCUCGAAGCUAUGAACAAGGAGAACUCACAGAGACAGUCAGGAGCCAACCAUUUAGCGUUAUUCUUUUUGACGAGGUGGAUAAGGCAAAUCCCUCGAUAGUUAAGAUUCUCAUUCAACUCCUCGGGGAUGGUAUGUUGACUGAUGGCAAAGGACGGGCAAUAGACUUCAAGAAUACUAUUAUCAUUAUGACCUCAAAUCUAGGAGCAGAUAACCUAUCGACUAGAAUGGCCGGAGAAAACAUGGAAACAAAGCGAGAUAUUCUCAUGAAAAAGGUCGAGGAAUGCUUCAAGCAUGAACUUAUCAACAAGCUAAGUGACAUUGUGAUGUUUGAGCCGCUUUCACAUGACGAACUGAGGGAGAUCGUGAGAAUCCAGAUGAAGGGUGUCAUUGCCACGGUAGCUGACAAGGGCGUCUCCCUGUUUGCAAGUGACGCCGCCUUGGACAUCAUUUGCUCAAAGUCACAUAAUGAUCUGUAUGGCGCGAGGCCAAUUAAAAGAUGGAUGAAGAAAAAUGUGACGACAGUUCUUGCGGACAUGCUGGUCAAUGGAGAAGCCUGUCGAGGCUCGACCAUUUCCAUCGAUGCUGCUGACGAUAAAAGAGGCCUCAAGUACCAAGUGACGACGAAGCAAGAGGUGACAGAUCCAUUAGGCCUAUAA